UACUAGACUGGCCGAUGGCAAUCGCGAUUAUGACAAGACCGCGCUGCGGGUAGUCCGUGCUACCAUUGCAAUAUAUUAUUUGAAUAGCCUGCAUAGCUUAUUCCAGGUUAUUUGAAGUCUGUCGGAUGUCGACACAAAGGCGUAAUGACGCUGUGCAUUAGACUUUUUUAGCGAAUACUUGCGCGAACGUCUUCUAUUCGAAGAGUCUCUUGCACUUUCUCGGGCCCUUACCACUGCGAGACAGCAUGGUCAAGCGACCAGAGUAGUGAGAGAACUUGCACGACAUGAAGCACAAGUGCAUCACGUUAAAGACACAAGCACUUCAAAUACGAGAGAAAAGCACUGUGGCACGUGCACAUGUUAUAAGACGACAAUUGAAAGUCGUUGAGCUCUGAAAGAGCAAGAAUGUCAUCGUUGUGGUUCUUUGGAACAUCUGGCGAAAAGCCCUCACUGCAAAGCUAAGACACAGUAGUGUCGCAGAUGUGAAAAGACUGGCCAUCUGGAAAAGGUGUGCAAGUCUCUUCGAAAGUUUGAACAAAAAAUUCAGCGUGUCACGGGAGACGGCACAGAUACAGCUGACGCGGACGACCCCAUAAGUGUUCGUCACAUCUGGAGCCCUAAGAAGGGAAUUCUUGCAGUGUUGGAAAUUGCAGGCGUUUCCCUGUCGUUCCUACUUGACAUUGGAUCAUCGAUUUCAGUCCUAGCCGAAGAACUUUAACGACGUCAUUUUGCUACUGUACUUCCUCUGACGUCAACAUCCGUCCAGCUCCUCGAUUAUUCUAAGUCAGCAAUUCCUAUAAAAGGAUGUUUCAUUUCCUGGUCGAUACACUUCUGUUCUUCUGUACGUUGUCUCUCGAGGACCAAGCAUUCUUGGUUUAGAUGGUAUCGCGGCUCUGAAUAUGAAGAUUCAAGGUGUCUGCCAAUGACGUAAGAAACUCCUGUACUACCUCCUGAGCGAGUGAGUAAAGACUUUAGUUAAAAACAUGGUAUUGACGGAUGACCUUGUUGUUAGGCAGCCACGAGCCCCAGGGGCCCGGGCGGCUUCUUCAGCUCUCUCAAUGACCUUGGCCUGCAGGUCAGGGUCGUGAAUUACUUUCCGAGUUCGAGAACUUGUUUGAAAAGCAGUUAGGAACUGUCAAAGGUUUCACUCACAAGGUCAUAGUUCGCGCGUCUGUUCAACCGGUGGCCAGCAAACUGGGACGACAACUCCUCGACAUUCGUGAGCAAGUCUAGGCAGAAGUACAAAAAUCAGAAGCUCAGGACAUCAUUGAGCGCGCCGAUUCUUCAGAAUGGGUCGCACCAGUUGUCGUAGCAAAAAAAAAACUAUGGCUCGAUUCGCAUGUGCGUAGACCUGCGAGAGUCAAACAAAGCUAUAGUAGUGGACACUUUUCCCAUGCCACAAAUUGAGGUACUUUUGAACAGCUUGACUGGUGCACAGCGACUCUCCAAGCUAGAUUUAGCUUUCGCAUACCAUCAGUUACCACUAAGUCCAGGGAGUCGUCAUCUUACGACGUUUAUAACGCACGACGGACUAUUUCGCUUUAAGAGGGUUUACUUCGGACUGCCAUCGGCACCGUCAGCGUUUCAGAAGAUGAUGCAUAUGAUCGUCAGAGGAUGCAAAUGCGUUUUAUUUUACAUUGACGACAUAAUCGUGUAUGGACCCUCCCGAGAGCAUCACUUGGUCAAUUUGCGCAUUAUUUUGAAGCGGCUCUCUGAUAGUGGCCUCACGCCAAACUAUAAAUGUAUUUUUGAGGUCGCAGAGUGGACUUCCUAUAGGCAAUGUUGUCAGCGCCAAAGGGUUAUUCGCACUGAUGUCAUCUAUCGAGGCGAUAACCAAGGCACCAUCACCUACAAAUAUUGUUGUAACUCAACUGUUAUGACUGCUACUGGGCGGGAACGGCAUCCGGCCGGACGGCCAGGAGCAUAAUAACGCUCACACAAGAACGGGAGCACUGCGCCCGUUUAUUCAGUGACAGCCCUUUUCUUCAGACGUUCUGAAGUCGCACCAGCGCGUGUGAUGACGUCAGUCUCGCGUCACGGCAAACGUGGUUCUUCUGUCUUCGUGGUCGUUUUCACUUUGCAGCACUCUUCCCUUCUUAAGGUGAGUCCCGCUGUACGGAUUUUCUUGUACGAGUCGAUCUGCGAAGCACAGCUAGUUCAGCCUGUUCUGGUAGCGUCGGCACACCAGCUGGUUGAUCUUGCGAAGGUUGCGCCGGAACAGGACUGUAUCGAGGACGGACUUGAUCCAUGUGACACUGAAGCUCACCUUCUGCCAUUUCAAUGGCGAUCAUUCGGGAUCCUCUUGUUUCUUUUACUGUGGCUGGCAGCCACCUUUCUCCCUCUCCGAUGUUGUGAGCCCAAACAGGAGAGCCCGGGUUCAACUUGCUUUCUUGAUCUCCCUGUGGAUAGACAGGAAAGGUUACGGGCGGUGGAGGGCACGUGUCCAACCGAGAACGGAUCUGGUAUCCCAAAAAUCGUUGAGAUGGUGAUCGUCCAUCAUCCUGGGGCGUUCUACGCUAUAGCUAAAGAGCUGUUUAGCCAGUCACUCAGCCAAGUCAUCUGACCGAACCUACCUGAGGCCAUCUUUCAGCGUCCACAGAACGCGUUCAGCAAGCCCGUUCGAUUGGGGUGAUACGGUGCCAUACGAAAGUGCCUUAUGUUAUUUCCUGUCAGAAACUUCGUGAAAGUCUCGGACGUGAACUGACUUCCGUUGUCUGUCCCGAUGGUUCUUGGUAUGCCCAGCCUGCUGAAGAUUUCACGCAAGGAUGUAACUGUCGACUGUGAUGUGGCAUCACGCACGGGAAUUGCGUCAAUUCAUUUCGAAUGUGAAGCUAUGGCCACUAGGAUCAUGGUGUUAUUCAUUGGACCAGCAUAACCCAAAUGCACACGUGACCAAUUCUCGUGCGUUGGUGGCCAGCUUACUGGUAUUUUCGCCGGUGACAUUGCGCUUGCUUGUAUGCAUGUAGUACAAAUCCUACUGAUUUGUGCGAUAGCUCCACCGAUACUGGACCACCACACGACCGUAUGGGGCAAUGUAUUCAUCGCAGGCAUUCCCUGAUGCGUCUCGUGCAGGAAUUGCAGCAUGUCACCACGAGCAGCCUCGGGAAUCACGACUCUGUGACCCCAGUAAAUGAGACCUUCGUAGACGGUUAGCUCACUCUUUCGUGCAAAGUAUGGGUUCAACGGUGGAUCGGGUACAUUGUGCUCCUUUGACCAACCAUGAAGCACGUAGGACUUGACAUAUCUAAGUACUUGAUCUUUCUAGGUCAACAGUCUCAUUGCUUGCGACGAAAGAGGCGUGUCAUCCAGCUGCUGUAGCAAGUGCUCGUACUCGUGUAGCUUCUCUGAUGUGUCCUCGGUAGUUUCUAGAGGAAGCCGACUUUUGAUGUUCUGGAGCCAAUGCAUGCUUUGGUCCGAGGAAAUGCGCCUUUCGCUUGAACUGAGGCAGCACCAAGCAAACUUGGAACAGCUGAAAACGUUGAUAACAUCUUGCGAAGUUCGCCUUUUUGAUCCUCAGUCACCUGUGUACAAGUGAUGCCUGAGGAUGUGGAUUAGGUGCUGUACUGCAGCAGGAUAACGGAAAAUCACUGCGCACUGUCGCGUUCGUCUCACGUACCAUCCAGCCGCAUGAACGGAAGUACUCAGUCGGUGAACGUAAGGCCCCUGCCUGCGUCUGGGCCUGCGAGCACUGGCACGUUUAACCGUGGGGCUCACCUUUCAUCUUUCAGACAGAUCACGCUGCUUUGGUUGUGCUCCUUUCAGCGAAAGGCAUAGGUCACCGUCCGUUAAAGAUUGCGCGCUGGUCAUCACUGUUGCAGUGCUACAACUGCAUCAUGGAAUACAGGAAGGGUAGCGAAAACGUCGUGGAUGACGCACUCUCCCGGCUGCCCGUAUAACGUUUGAUCUGCCAUGCACCCGACGAAGAAUUUAUGUCUCUUGUCCCCAGUAGUUACCAUGGACGAUCUUCAAGAAGCAAGUGCCGCCGAUCGGGCUAUCUCUCAAGUCAACCAGUUUACCUUCUUAGCGCCUUGGCCUGACAAGAAAUCUCUGUCAAAAGAGCUGCUACCUUACUUUCACGUGCGAUCUGAACUCUCCGCUGUUAGCGACAUUUUGUGCCAGGGUGACAGGAUUGUCGUGCCUACAACUUUGACCCGCCCUCUCAUGGAUCUGGCUCAUGAAUCACGACCAGGAAUUAGUCGUACCAAAGCUCGUCUUAGAAAGUCGUAUUGGUGGCCAUGCAUGGAUAAUAACAUUGAAGAUUUUGUGCGCACAUGUGUAACCUGCCAGUGAUGGGACAAAUCAACACGUACAUCUGCAGCUCCAAUGCAACCCGUCACUCUUCCCGAGAAAUCCUGGGAAAAAGUCGCUGUCGACAUUGUGGGACCUUUCACGCAAGCUUCAGAUGACUGCCGUUUUGCCAUUACAAUUACUGACUAUUACAGGAAGUGGCCAGAAGUGCCUUUCGUACUGGAUGCGACCACGUUACAGUGGGAAAAUUCCUACUUGAACUUUUUGCAAAAGAAGGAUAUCCACGUGGUAUCGUAUCUAAAUCAUGGGCCACAAUUUUCUUCAGCGAAUUUCGAAGACUUUUCUCACAGAGCGCAGAAUCAUGCAUUGCAACUCUUCUUUGUAUUACUGUCAAGCUAUACUGGUUUGUUUGAAAGAUCUAACAAAGUAUUGAAGUGAUAUAUUCAAUUCGCCCUGUUAGAACGUCCUGGUGUAAGAACAGCCAUGACUGAUUACCUGCAAACAUAUCGCUGUACGCCUCGUGCGACUACUGGUGUUGCAGCCGCUGUUCUUCUUCGUGGGCGCAAACCUCGAGCCAGACUUGACAUCGUGAGAUUUCCUGACAAAUUUUCAGCAUGGACGAUUUAUAGACACUACAGCAUUUGCGAGAACUCAUCAAGAACAAACAAAUGAAAUCGAAGAGCUACACCGAUGAAAAACGUGUUGCCAAGGAACCCAGCUUCGUCAUUUGUGAUUACGUGCGGGUUAAAUUACCUGCAGUUCAUCUGAAGCUAUCUCCACAGUUUUCUGCGCCCAAGAAGAUUAUUUAAAAGCGCGGACCCGCCUCUUACCUUUCGGAAGAUGUGCAUGUGCGGAAUGCUUCCAAAUUGGCGGCUGUUCACCGUGAAGCUAUCAGUAGAAUGAAAUUUGGUACCUCUGCUGUGAUGAACUGGUCACUGGCAUCCGAUUAUUUAGCCAUUGCGGCCGCAAAUCAUCCAUUACAACCUGACACAUCAAGAGCUGAUAACUGUGAAAAUGCACCCCUGAACCCUGAACCAUGCACCUGCUACAAAGCGCGCACGAAAGAAGCUUCAUUUCAUUUGCCAGAAUGCCAAGCGCGCGUGAGAAGCGCCCGUAACAAGAAGAUACCGAACAAGCUGCAGGACAACGUUAGCCAGUGACGGACAACCAUCUUUCUUUUUCUAGAGGGGAUAUGUUAUAUAAGGCAUCGCUGUCUGCAGCAGCGCCGUUAGAAGGCGCGUGCUUGGAGCCACCUGAAAAGAAGGAAAAGAGGAUGGAAUAAAUUAACGGAGAGGGACUGAGUAAUGUCUCCAUUAAUAUCGUACUGAGUACUGUUCACGAUAUAACAGCUACGUCACGCUGAUAACGCGCAAGCCGUUCGUGACCUGGAAGUACCGGGCUCGCGAGCAAGACAGAAGACGAUUGUUGUUGUCGUCUGCCUCUCGAAGGUCAUCGUCAUUAUCAUCGUCGUCGUCGACAGCCGCGCGCAACACGCUCGCGCCGUGGGGACCUUGGCCGAGGCCGCCGCCGCCUCAGCUCCACGAACAAGCCUCCCGCCCCUAUCCCCCCCACCCUACCUUCCCCCCAAUAUCGGUGGACGUCGAGGGCGGUCUGCAGCGCGUAGCUAUAGCACGCACUACGUGCCAUGGAGCCCAUGUUCGCGCAUGCCCGCUCGCUACGGCUGUGGUGGACGGCCAGUCGCUUCCCGCUGCUCUGGGCAAACGGCAGCCAGCUGUGCCGCCUGGAAGACGUGCCGCCGGAGCAGCCCCACAAUCCGUACAUCCUGACGGGAUACCGCCGAUGCCUCAGCCGCCAUGACUGCCUCCUGAGCGUGCUGCAGUGUCACAACGAGACGGUGAACAUCUGGAGCAACCUGCUGGCUCUGGCGAUCCUCUUCGCGCUCCUGGUCAAGGACCACGCCGGCCGCUUCGCGCGCUUGGGCGUCGGGCUCGCGCAUCGGGCUCUGCUCACCGCCAUGACGCUGGCGUACGCCGCCAUGCUGCUGCUGUCGGCCGUGUACCACACGUUCAACUGCACGGCCGAGGCCCGCUCCUGGUACCGGCUCGACUUCGCCGGCGUCUGCCUCAGCGUGGCCGCCUACGUCCUCGGAUUCACGGCGCUCCAGUUCCGGGGCGCCUGGCGCGUCGCCCACCUGGCGGCCGCCAUCUUGGCCGCCGCUCCGUCGCUGGUGCUCGCGGCGGCGGCUCGCUUCCGAGACCGGCGCCACGACGCGGCCAGGGUCAGAGCCAUGGGCGGGUUCGCGCUGUACAGCCUGGUGCCGCUGGCCCACCACGCGGCGUACGGGGACCCGCGGCUCGUGGCCUGCACGGUGCCGGGUCACCUGACGGUGCUGGGACUCCUGGCGUUGUCGCUGCUCAUCUACGUGAAGAAGCUGCCCGAGCGCCGGUGGCCGGGCUCCGUGGACCUCCUGGGCUCGAGCCAUCAGAUCUGGCACGUGGGCGUCGGCGUCUGCGUGCUCUUGUCGCACGAGCUCCAGUUGGUCUACGUGACGUCACCGCCUUAGCCGACGCGUUGCUUCGACUGUGGUUUCGUGCGCGCGAAGCCAUUUUGUGCUGUCGUUCGCGAACUUUGCGUCUGCGCGGUCGAAGACGUUUCAAUUUGCUUCGAAGGCAGGGCAGAUAAAAGCGAUGACACUGCCAUGUCCUUCGGCAACAAUUAAUAUAUAACAUCGCAGAGCGGCUUCAAAUCCGCGAUUGCUAUAUGUCUAUAGUGUAGUUAUAUAAUAGAAAGACUAUUUAAGUAAUAUUACACUGAGGUAAUCCAUUAUUAUUAGCGAUCUAUGCCGCCUCUGAUAACGUGCCGCCGAAGCAUGUGCUUUAUAUGGUCUCCUCUGCACUGUCUUCAAGAAAACUGGUUCAACUCUGCUGGAGCACUUUCUGGCGCGGAUUUGCGCCACUACCAACUGGAACGGCUGCAGCACCACGGUCUCUCGUCGCUGCUAUAUACUCACUGUGAUGUAUUCACGGCUUCAACCUCCACAUCGGAUUAUAGUGCGGGAUGUUUUCGUCGAAGUGCGAUCGCCUUGAGGAAAUACACUCGCGAGCAGUGAUGUCGACCCUAAAAGUUCAUUCUUGAAACGUGUAUGGUCCGCGUGCGACAAUUUAUUGCGUACAAGUCCUUUGGGAGUUAUAAGCACGAUUGCUGCGAGACACCGAUAUAAAGACGCAUGUAAGUCGACCCUAACGAAAGCCGUAAUUUUGUGGUCUUUCUUUACUGACUUCUAGUUGGCGUUUGCAUACGUACUUAUUUCUAGAUGCAAUCGAAUAUCACGCAUGGAUUUCGCAAGUAUAUGCGAUUUUUAUGCGAAGCAUACUAGUCGCACAACCACGCUCUAAAGCCCCUUGAUAAUUUGAAAGUAGCGCCAUUCUGUGAACUUUGCCGCCGCGCCGCCAACCCUCGCACAUCCUCCUCGCCCGCCUCUCCACUCGGCGCUUUUCUGACCGAUGAUUGGCCGCUGCGGCCGGCCCCAGCCGUCGCCUUGGAAACGCGCGCGAAAGCGUCGCUUUGCUUGUGUUGUUGUUUUUCUUCAGCGCCAUGGGCAGGCCGUGUUCCUCUGUCGCGGGUCGAGCUUUAUUCAUCUAAUUCGAACUCUGCAUUUCGCACCGCGUUAUGCCGGGUUGCUGCGCAUUUCAGUGCACAAGCCAGCGUGAAAAUGGCUUCAUGCUUUUCACGAUUCCUCGAGGGAAGAACGACAUCAGUAGCAGAAAAAAGUGGAUUCACAACAUCGGACGUAAGGAGUUCACUCCGACGAAUCACCCCGUCCUCUGCGAGGUGCUCUGCAUUGAUUGGUACAUACACUAGUCUGUAUACUUGAAACUUCUUGCGAGCUCGUCAAGAGGCUGACAAUCUUGCUUAAUUCUUGCUGUACAUGAGUGUUAUCGCGCGGCUUUUUGUUGUACCACCUGCCCAAAACUUUGUGAGCAUACAAACCAGCUGCUUCGUCAGUUAUGUUAUGUUGUAAAAUUUUAGUUGCAUCUGGUGCGCUACUCUGAAUAAUAUUUGUUCCUUUUUCAUGCAUAUCGUCUGGAGGCUAACACCAUGCAAUGUUUCAUGUUACUGGGUUCGAGCUUAUGCUACUUGUAACCGGCGGUUUAUAUGAAUAUUUAUAUUUUCCGAAGUGUGUGCUAUCCUGGAUGUUUUGUGCGUUUUCCGUGUAACGUUUCAAGAGUCACCUGCAAUAAAAAUUGCAUCUGGCCAGAUAUGUGCUGGUGUGUCACAGCG